AUGCUGGCCCAAGCCACGGUGCAGGCGUUCGUCAGCCAGCUCAGCACAGAAGAGAGGCUCAUUUUCCAGGCGACAGAUUGCUCAGAGAAGCUCAUUCAUGAUCUGGUAGAUUUGGAUAACCAGCAUGGCAAAGCAGCCAUCUCGCGCCGAAUAGCGCCGAAUAUUCAGUCGUUCGUGGGGGGCGUCGAGCGCUUCUCGGGGGCACUGGAUGCCUUGGCGGGUUCAGUCUCGCUGAUGCAGCCUAUAUGGGGCAGCUGCAAGGUUGUUCUGCAAGUUGCAAAGGAUUAUAAUGAGUAUUUUGACAAACUCUCCGGAAUGUUCGAAGAGAUCGGGUAUAAUCUGAGCCGCCUCCGUCGCUACCCACGGUUGUACUCCGACAACGCGGUCCUGGCGCAGUCCAUGGUGAAUAUCUUCCAGGCUAUCCUGGAGUUCUGCGCCCGGGCUCGAGCGGUCUUUCGACAGGGGAAGAAUGAGCAGAGCUCAGUGCGACGGUUUAGCACAAGUGCCGUCAGCCUGCGCGCCGCAUGGAAGGUGAUAUGGAAGCCGUUCAAAUUGCAGUUCGGCGAUAUAGUUGAACAGAUCCAGAAGUCUAUGGCGCGCGUGGAGCAAGAGGUGGAUAUUGCGGAGAAAGAACUCGCUAGCGAGGGCCGCGCCAAAGCAGAAGAUGAGCGGAAGCGGCAGGCUGACCGCUGGGAAAGGCUUGAAGCGCGACAGGAUUCGGUCACAGAAUAUCUUGACCAGCAGAAGGUUGCACAACUGAAUCAGUGGCUGGCCUCUGUUAAUGCUGCUGCGAACCACAACACAGCCACCAAGUUACGCCGCGCGGGGACCGGGACUUGGUUUGUCAAUGGCCAGCCGUUCCACGACUGGCUCGCAGCGGAUAACUCGUUCCUCUGGCUUCAUGCAAUUCCGGGUGCUGGAAAGACAAUCCUCGCAUCGACCGUGAUCGACUGGCUGCGGCAGCACACGGAGAAUCAAGCCAGAGGCCUGGCUUACUUUUAUUGCGACUACAAGGACAAGCAAAAACAGUCGUCAACAGUCCUUCUAACCACCUUACUGUCCAAAUUUGCAAGGCAAAACCAUGCAGUCUUGGGUUGCCUAUAUAACUUCUUCGAGAAGCAACACAGGGAAAACCCGGCGUACACCGCUGAGUUCGACGAGCUGUUGAAUAAUUUCAGUGACUUCCUCUCGGACUCGUUCGAUCAAUGUUAUAUAGUCGUUGACGCGGUCGAUGAGACGGAGGAUAGAGAGGGCGUAGCAUAUGCCUUGAGAAGGAUUGCCGAGACUUGUAAAUGUGCCAGAGUACUUGUGACGAGCCGCCAUGAGAUCGAUAUCGCGCGGACUUACGAAGAUUUGCCACACACUUCAAUUGAGCCCAGCGAUAACGCCGCGGAUAUUGAGCUGUACGUCCGAUCGGAAGUAGCGGAUAAGAUCAAAGCAAAAAAGCUGAAGCUCAGGGAUCCCAAACUCCAGAACUUCAUCUGCGAGACCCUCAUCCAGGGAGCCCAUGGGAUGUUCCAGUGGGUAAAAUGCCAGAUCGACCAGCUGUGCAAGCUACGUAACGACAGGGCUAUUCGAAACGCGCUGGAUGACCUCCCUAAGACACUGUACGAUACCUACAUGCGGAUUUUGCAGAGACUGGAGGCUGAACGGGACGAAGAAGUGACCUCGGUGCAGCGCCUGCUCAGGUGGCUAGUACGCGGUAUCCGGAAUUUGACGCUACAGGAGCUAGCGGAAUGCUUGAGCAUUGACCCCGAAAAUGCAGAAGAUUCCUUUGAUUUCGAUGCUGUCUUUACUGACCCGGAGGAUGUGGUCGAGCUUUGUGGCAGCCUGGUCGUCAUUUCUCAUGAUGGAUACUUGACACUAGCGCACUAUACGGUCAAGGAAUUUCUGGUCUCUCCUCAUAUUAAGGAGAAGAUGCCACAUUUCUGGGUGGGAUGUGAGACGGCCCACGCAGAGCUCGCGCGAGUUUGCCUUAUCUACUUGUGCUACAGUGACUUCUCUACAAAUUAUGAGGAACCGGGGGAUCAAAUGCUGCAGCGUUUUGAGGAAUACAAGUUCCUGCGAUAUGCCGUCCAGGGGUGGGGUGCCCAUGCUCACUUCAGCGAGGACGAUGACGACGUCUUUGCCUUGGUGAUGAAGCUCCUGGAGGAGGAUUGUGAGGAGCGAGAGAACUUCAGCCUGUGGUGCCACUUGUAUCUCCAUCUCCACAAGGCCUCGGGACAGCAACCGAAGGUCUCGGACACUUCGUCUCUCUACUUUGCGUCUUUAUUUGGGCUGCCGAGGGUGGUGCUGCGCCUGCUGGAAACGGAUUUGGGGCUUGACGUGAGGGAGCCCUUAAAGGCUGCGUCAUUCGCCAGACACGCGAAGAUCGUGAAGGUACUUCUUGAGCAUACAGCCCCCCUCGAGCCAUCCGCUCUCGAAAACUGCCUUUAUGUCUCGUCAUCCAGGGGCCAUGAAGAUGUCGUCAGUUUGCUUCUGCAGCAUGGUGUGGAUAUCAACGCGCCCAGCGGCAAACAUGGCACACCGCUACAGGUUGCUGCUAUUGAAGGCCGCCAACAAGUGGUUUCGACCCUCCUGCAGCAUGGGGCAGACAUGAAUAUUACCUGCCGAAGAUACGGGUCCCCAUUGGCCGCGGCGGCCGAGAAGUCGCAUAUGCAAAUCGUCCAGCAGCUCCUCAGUCACGGAGCUCAUGUGGAUAAGCGAGGUGGUUGGUUCGGACACCCACUGACAUCGGCCAUUGUAAGCAAGAACGUGCAGCUUGUUGAGUUGCUUAUCGAGCGGGGAGCGGACCUGAAUGCUCUUGGUGGACGGUAUGGGUGUCCUUUGAUGGCUGCAGCAUCACUGGGAAUGCUGGACUUGAUUCGAUCCCUGGUUGCAUGUGGCGCUAAGGUCAACGAUGAAAGCGACAAGAGGCCUGACAGCCUCUAUUCCGCCUGUAUAGCGGAGAGACUGGACGCCGUCGAGCUGCUGCUUGAACUGGGAGCCGACGUGAAUGCAAAGGGGGGCCGACACCGUAAUGCGCUAAAUGCUGCCAGCUCCACAGGUAAUGCGGAGAUUGUGCGAUGUCUCCUAACUGCCGGAGCAGACGUGGAUUACUUUGAUGAGCAUUACGGUAAUAGCAUACAGGCGGCGGCUGUGGCUGGACAUGAUGCUGCGAUCGAGGGACGGCACUGCUGUGUGCCGCCCAACACGGCCACACCGAAACAGUUCGAGUUAGGAGUCCCCUCAGGCGAUACCACUGAGACGACAGAUGCGCUCAUGGUGGCUGCCCGCAAGGGACACACGGCAACGGUCGAGCUCCUCGUGAAGAUGGGGGCCGACAUCGACAGUGUUAGUAAAAUGGCAACCUACCCAAAAUGCACGGCACUCGAAGCGGCCGCAGGAAAGUCUCAUCUUGAGACCGUCUGGCGCCUUCUCGAACUAGGGGCGGACGUUAAACGCGUGACCAAUGGCCUAUACGGUUGUCCACUGAUUGCCGCUAUUUUCAGCGACAGGGAGUAUGCAGAGGUUGUGAAGACCCUGCUGGACGCAGGAGCGGGUAUCAACGCCGCUACGAACGGUGCCGCUGCUGGCGGUGGCACUCCUCUUGGGGCCGCAGUCCUCAAAGGGCGCUAUGAUCUAUGUGUGGACAUGAUUCGCAGGGGUGCAGAUGUCAAUAUCACGAACGACUGGUACUAUACCCCACUGCAAGUUGCAAUUACGAACGGGGAUGAGAGCAUGAUGAGCCUGCUUAUAGACCACGGUGCUGACAUCAACCUGGCAAUUGAUCCGAGUGACGACCCGGACGACAGCGGCGUCUUGACUGCGCUCCAGGUAGCCGCGUGGUACGGUCGUGAGGACAUGACGAGGAGCCUAGUCAGCCUCGGAGCGAAUAUCUCCGACGAGCUCAAAGGCGCCAAGUACAAGUCUGCACUCCAGGUCGCCAGUUUUCGAGACCACGGUAGGGUCGUGCGAAUCCUGAUCGAUGCAGGAAGUGAAGUGGAUGAAGUAGGUGGUCUACACGGAACAAGCCUGCAAGCUGCCGCCGUUGAGGGGUCCGACGGAGCAGCCCAGGUUCUCCUCGAGGCGGGUGCCGAUAUCAAUCGUGGUCAAGUCGGCACCAUGGGAACUGCACUGAUGGCAGCAUGCUGCACUGGCUGGAAGCACAUGGUGCGGCUGUUGAUCGAGCAUGGGGCAGAUGUCAAUGCGAUAGGCCACAAGCCCGACUGCUUUCCACUUCAUGCUGCAGCGUACCGCGGUUAUCCAAACAUUGUACGAUCCUUGCUCGACGCAGGGGCGGAUGUCAACGCCCGGGGGGGCAUGUACGGAACGGCUUUAAUUGCCGCGUCUUAUGGACUCGAAUCUGAUAUCUGCGAGAUUUUGCUGGAGCGAGGCGCCGACCCAAAUAUCGUUGCUGGGAGGUACGGCGCUUCCCCCAGUCUCCAGGGUGGUGAGUUUGGAACGCCAUUAGGAGCGGCUAUUGAUGGGUCCUGCGAGACGUUGGUUGACGAGCUUUUGCGGCGCCAUGGCGUGGACCCUAAUUGUCCCGUCGGAAAGCACGGUUCCGCGCUGCAAGCCUGUAUUGCCGAGAGAGGUGAUGGUGACGAUGCCUGGUUGAUCCUUCUUAAAGCUGGGGUUGACGUCAACUGUCGCAGUGGUGUCAGAGGGUCCCCAUUGAUCGCGGCAGCUGCCACAAACGAGUACAAGAUUGCGGAAUAUAUGCUGGAUCACGGCGCCGACGUCAACGUGGAAGGCAACUUGUACUAUCCUACUGCCGUCCAUGGCGCCAUUAAAGCCGAGAGAAUGGACAUCUUGAAGCUUCUGGUGGAGAGGGGCGCCAACGUCAACAUGGCAAACUCGUUCCACGGAUCGCCUCUAGAAUACGCUUGCAGUCUGGCUCGACUGCCAAUGAUCCGCUAUCUUCUUAGACACGGAGCGGAUUUGGGCCUGUCUAUCAAGGGGAGAUAUGGCGCCGCGCUCCAGGCUGCUGCCAUCAGCGGAUCCGGUGUCACAGUAAGGUACCUCAACCGUCGUGGCGCAGACAUCCAUCGGAGGGGUGGAAAGCAGGGCUCUGCAUUGACAGCCUGCAUCUUGAAAUGUGACCUCUUUACUGUCGAAGUCCUUCUGAAGAAGGGUGCCGAUGUGAAUGUCCGCGGCGGGGUAUACGGAUAUCCACUGCAGGCGGCUGCAGUCAAGGGCCUGGACUCCAUACCAUUGGUCCUCUUGUUGCUGCGAUACGGCGCCGAUAUCAACGCCAAAGGGGGGAAGUAUGGGACUGCGCUCCAAGCCGCCUGCGUUGCGGGCAACUACGAGCUUGUUCAGCUUCUGCUUGAGCGAGGGGCAGAAGUGAAUGUGACGGCUGGCUUCUGUAGAAAUGCCCUCCAUGCCGCUGCGUUGCUGAGAAAUAAGCAUAUCUGCAAGCUCUUGAUGAAGCACGGCGCUGACUGGAGUCUCGUCGAUCGGAGCCUGUCGCAUUUCGCCCCAAGCAUACUCGACUAUGCUAACGGGAUACUGCGAAAGGUCCACGAUGACCAGCAGAACGGCUGGCCAGACAAUGAGAGUGACGAGAGUGAAGAUACUGCUGACACUGAUGAUAGUGAUGAUGCCGAUGAUACUGAUGAUACUAACGAUGGGGAAGAUACUGAAGAUAGUGAGAGUGAUGAAAAUGAUGAAAGUGACGAAGAUGGCGAGUGCGACGAGAGUGAGGAUAAGAGUAAAGAGAGUGAGGAGGAACAUUCUGAAAGUAACGGUGAAUAUGUCUACCUCAACGUUGAAUCUAUUCCUUUCUUCUACGAGCCGUACUGUGCAGUUAGCGUCCAAGCAGGCCGCUCGGAUGGCACUGACGAUGACGAGCCUUUAUUGAACGCCGACCUGAGGGAGCCAGAGCUUACAGACUGGAGUGUUUUGGCGUGGCUACAAGUCGAAUGCGGCAAGAAUGGAGACUUUGUCUAG